AUGACCAAAGACAUUCAUUUGACCUCUGUACUAAAACGAAAUGCUCUAAAUUUUCACCAUUUAAUUCGUGGUUGCCUUAGUCCUUGCGGUCGAUUUGUAUUCGCGGGCGGUGAGGACAGUUUAGUCCAUUGUUGGAAUGCAGAUACAGGUGAAAAACUAUUUACUUACAACGAAUUACCUUUCAAAGGACCAAUAUCUUGUGUUGAAUUUCAUCCGCUAGAUAAUAUUCUAGCCAUUUGUGGCCUUAACGCUCGAACCAUAUCCGUGUGUCUAUUUAAUCACGAACUACCCAAAGUAAUUACACCGAAACCAAUUGUAGGUAAAUCUAUUCAAUCGUCAAACAUGAUAACCGCAUCAUCUUCAUCAACGAAACAAGGAUCACUCAACGAUUCGAUUAAUAGCCUCUCAAAUCAUUCGAAAUCUGAUUCUUCCGGUAAAACUUCAUCUCGAUUUGAAUUGUUAAGGAGUAAAACAAUAGACCAAUCAAAUAACGUCUCAGAAUCAGGAGCGAUUCGUCGUGGAAAUUUCAAAGUUCAACGAGCCAUGAGGAGAUUAGAAUUCGCAUUACGAACCAAAUCAAUCGAUAAAAGAUGAUCAACCAUCUCAUGUAACACAAUUAAAUCAUAUUCGCCUUAAUUAUGGAAAUAAAUAUAACAACAAUUAACCAAAUUCAGUAGCAAUCACAUGGUAAAUGAUAUAAUCCUUUUGGAUGAAAUAAUAAAAUGAUCACUUUUUGUUUUCUAAUUGUAACAUAAUAUAAAUAAAUGUACAUUUACAGAGAUAAUCAAUUAACGGUAGAUUAAAGUUAAUUACACAUAU